CGCCGCCGCCGCCGCCGCCGCCGCCGGGACCUGCACCGUGAGCAGGCGGGAGGCGCUGCCUGCGGGGAGUCCCCACGGAGAAAAGACCUCUCCCAGCUGCCAUGGCGGACGAAAUCGAUUUCACCACUGGAGACGCCGGGGCCUCCAGCACCUACCCCAUGCAAUGCUCGGCCCUGCGCAAGAAUGGCUUCGUGGUGCUCAAGGGACGGCCGUGCAAGAUAGUGGAGAUGUCGACCUCCAAGACGGGGAAGCACGGCCACGCCAAGGUUCACCUUGUUGGAAUUGACAUUUUCACUGGCAAAAAAUACGAAGAUAUUUGCCCUUCUACUCACAACAUGGACGUUCCAAAUAUUAAGAGAAAUGAUUAUCAACUGAUAUGCAUUCAGGACGGCUACCUUUCCCUGCUGACGGAAACCGGAGAAGUUCGUGAGGAUCUUAAACUGCCAGAAGGUGAUCUGGGCAAAGAAAUAGAAGGAAAAUACAAUGCAGGUGAAGAUGUUCAGGUGUCCGUCAUGUGUGCCAUGAGUGAGGAGUACGCAGUAGCCAUCAAACCCUGCAAGUAAGGGCAGCAGUGUGGCCGGCCCCCUCCAUCUGGGUCACUGCGGACUUAGCAUUUGGUUCUAAGUUGUCACCAAAGCUAUGUUCUUCAUAAGCAACCUCAUUUCUUUUAGUAAUUGUUUUGAAAUUGUGUUGGGUUACUUUUGCAGGCAAUUGGUAGUUUUAAAAAAUUAUUGAGAUGUAUAAUUCUUUUAUUUUUCAGUUUUGUAGGUGGUUUUCCUAUAACAUUCUUAUGGUUUUCAGUAUGUGAGUCUAAGAAACAGACAGGAUAGCUUCAGCAAAUACAAUUUUUCUGAGCAAAUCAUUCCUGAAUUUUAGUUAAACAAUAAAUAAACCAGGGUUUUGAAUCAGACAAUGUAGCAUAUAGUGGUAUUAGAGUACCACAUUUAAGUUGAAGUGCUCUGCAUUAAUUUCAGAUUUAAUAUCAUAAAAUACGCAGAUUAUGGAUUGGAAUUGUCACAGUUCAGCUUGUGUGUGCCAAACACAAAUCCUUAAACAAAAAUCAUGCUGUCAGCACAUCAGUUAUCUCAUUGGCCAUGUGCACCCCAUGUAUUACUGUGGCCGCACUAUGAUUUGCCAAAUUGUUGGCAGACUUCAGAGCACCUUCUGUGUGGUGUUGGUACCUUCCUUUGACAGCAGAGGGAUGUUGAGCUGUCGGGUGAGGGAAGUGAGCGAGUCCGAUUACAGAGAAUACACACAAGACAAUGGCGAGGGCGGGUGAAAGCCAGGUGGUUUUAUUUGAGGCUUUUAAAGUCAACGUGAAAAUGAAAAGUUGCUUUUCAGUUGUGUCUUUGCUUUUAACUCCUGUCCCCUACCUGUACCCCCAGCAUCACUCUGCAGAGUAAUACACAGCACUUUUUCCCAGCCACGUUGGUAUUUAUCAGUAAGCAUUCUUGCAUUCUUUUCCAGCCAUUUUUAAUUAGGAAUUUUUUACAUUAAAAUAUUUGUUAGACAAAAACUGGGUUUGUUAAAUUUCUGUACAUUUUUCUAAAGUGAAAUGAAAGUGAAUCAAGAAAGUGGUUCUUUCUAUAUUGUUAUUUAACUUAAGUAUAUGCAUUUUUUCUGAUUAUCAUGUGACUUGGUAAGUUACUAGUAUGAAAUGCAACUAGGAAAGAAUGCUGUCAACUGAAUUAUUUUAAAAGGUAUUUUAGGUGACAAAACUGUAUUUCUGUUUAAUCUUUCAAGUCAUUUCCUGAAUUGUAGACACUGCAGUGUUUGUGAGGACCUUUCACUAGGUAACAGUCAUUAUAUUGGAGUGAAGCUUAGAACGAAGUCACUAUGUAAGUAAUACCUUGGUUCUCUAACCGUGGUUCUGGACCCCUUCCUUCAUUCCUUGACCUCUAAAAGGCCUUUGUUUCAAUAACCUAGAGGAAAACAUAUAAGAUGAUGUAACUGACCUAAUCAGUCACUGGAAAUAGCAUUAGGAACAGAAGAUCCCAAAGUUUUAGUUGCAUUCUUGUAUAGACUUUUAAAUCUGACCUUUGCUUCAGAAAACUCAUUAGGAGAAGAAGCAAGACACUCUAAGAGAAAUACAAAGAGGAAACUUGUAAAGCACAGGAAAUACUGAUUGUAGCUAAUUGUUCUUAAUGUUAACAUGUUAGCUUUUGCCCAUCUAAAGCACAAUUAGGAAUUAGGCUCACUUCUCCCCAUGCACCAUGUAAGCAUCUCCACAUGCUGCGCUAGUUUUUGGCACUCUAAUAACAUAUCUUAUUCCUCACAGGGCUCUGCUAACUGCACUGGUAUCCAGAUUGAGUAUUAGCUCUAGACUAGCAUGCCCUGUCCUCCAGAGCUUGUCAGACUUCACAUAGACACACUCUCAGCUGUGAUGUGGGGGUGUAAAGUACAAUGCGUCUCCGUUGUCAUGCCCUGAAUGGCAAAAGCUAUUUGUGCAUAUAUAUUUCAUUUAAGUAUGAUAUGAAGUGUAAAUAUUCUUCUGACAUACAAGUAUAGAUUUUAAAGAUAUGGGACUGUUUAUUUUCACAUACAACAAUAGGUGUUUCUCUGGAACAAAAUAUCUCAUUCAGUAAAGCUUUAUAAAUUAUAUUAAAAGGAAGCAGGGAACAUAUUUUUUAACAUAGAACAGAAGCCACUUCAUUCUUUUUAGCAGAGAAAUGUUAGAAGUUGAUUCCUAGUAUUUCUUGUACUUUUUUGUAGCGAGUAUUAAAUUUUACACGUGACCGCCCAUAGAAUGUGGAUGGUAACGUUGACAGAUCACACGCGACAUGCUCUUUUUGUCUGUACACAUUUCACCAGUUUAUAUUCAAAUAGGUUGAGUAUUUGUUUCUUUCUAGAACAGCGUAUUUUAUUUCUACUGUGACAACUCUGUUAAACCUUGUUUGGUACAGAGCUGUACGCCCGUGGGCAAAGGCCGCCUUCGUGCUGCUUUGACUUUGGCGUUGCUUCAUAAAUGUGAUUAUGAGGUUUUUCUUUGUGGUCCCCUCCAAGGGCUGUCAGUCACUUGAAGAAAUCCUUGAACCAAGCUCUUGUCCCUGUAACAAUGCUUUAUAUUAAUCACCAAAACUCGCCUGCAGUCAGAGCACGACAGGAGAAGCUACACUGAAAUGUUCAGGCCAUACGGUUGGGGGACGCAGCUUCUCAUCACCUCACAGCAUGUGCCAGUGCACACGUAGCUGUCUAUGUGCGUUCGUUUUCCAAAGUCCUUCCAACUCUUAAAAGUACUGUAGUCGGGUAGUGCCUCAAAUGUUGGUAACUGGUUUUAUUUUUAUUAAUUUACAACUUUUUCAGAACUUGUUUUUGUACUUUAAGGUUUCUCAAUUAGAUUAUUUCUAGUUGAGCUGUAAUUUGAAUGCAUUGUUCUCAGGGCUGUUUUGUGCUAAGAGCUGGAGUUUCAGUAUUUUAAAGUUAACUGCCUGAAAGCGUAUCGCAAAACUUUCCCACAUUGUAAUACCAUGACGCAUACCUAUUAAAAAAUUCUUAUUAUCAACAUAGUUAAACUACAUACCAAGUGUUCAAGAAAAAAUGGAAGUAUUAGUAGCAUCUAUGCUAGAAUCUUACCAUAUUUUUUCACUUAAGAAUAGAAUUUGGUAGUCUCAUCUUGGACCCUGUCCUUACAAUUUGAAGGAUAUUUGAAAAGCAUCCCUUUGAUGUGGACAUCCAAAAUAGUUUUAGAGCCAGACGUUGAUGUAGUGUCUCCAAACUUAGAGACGGCAGAUAGAAAUUCAUAAUGCUCUCUUGGAUGCAUUCAAACAUUUAUAUACUGAAUUCUGUAAUGUGAACUAGGAACAUAUUUACUGUGAGAAAAUGUGGCUCUUAAGCAGCACAAGAGCAGAAAUACAAGCAUAUUUCCAUUAUGUACUGAUCAAAAGUUUUAAUUUUCUAACAUGAUUUAGGUAUAAUAUUUCACAGUUGUCAGACCUUUUUCUGCUAGCACUCAGACAAAUAAUAGGCAAUAGAGAUUUAAGAAAAAUUUGUGGUAGAAAAUCUUAAAAUAGAGAAAAUCUAAUCUAUUGACUUCAUUGAAUUUUUUUUUUUCUCUGAAUUGUGUAUAUACCAUCAUUAUUUGAUUUUACCCCGGAACAUUUGUAUUUAGCUUACAGAACACAGAUGUUCUAUGGGAACAUGGCUCAAAGUCAUUGUAUAAUUUGAUGUUUUCCCGCUUAAUAAAUGUCUGGACACCAACUUAACUACCAAGUGAGGUCAAGUGCCUGAAAAGUGCUGUGUGCAUCCAAUAAGCAGGUUUUCUUUCUGUACAUGAUGCAUCUGGUGGCAGCCAGCUCAGGCUUCCACUGCUGGGCACGUGCUCGCUACCAAGCUCUGCCAUCCACCAUUCUCCCUCCUUAGAACAGGUAGAAUCUAUUUUACAAUAAAAAGGUUCUUUUAUUUAAAUGAAGUCCCUAAAUGUUUCUUGGUAUUAGUAGACUUAAGUUUAUCUUGGCUCUAGAUCGUACUUUUUAAAAAUUCCAGACUGUAAACUGUAUUCAGCAAAGACAGGACAGCUUGUCAUAGCUAUAGUUGCGAUCUUUCCUGGAAGGAACUCUUUAUUGUGGUUAAUAUCUGCUAUAAAUAAGCACUCUUGUGCUUGUUACAAAGUAGAGUGCAGAUUACUAGUUCAAUACUGGUGUAAUAGAAAUGACCAGUUCUAUACUGUUACGUACUUUUACCUCCUCCCCCAAAAGGAUAUUUUUGAAGCGGCAUUGUCUGACCCAGUGGCACUUUAUUAGCAAUACAUUUUAUUUAUCUUAGAUGUAGAAGAACUCUUGCUUUUAGUGUCAGAGACUCAAAUGUUUUAGGUAAAACUUAAAAAAUUUAACAUGUAGUUUGAACAUAAUAAUUGUGCAUUUUACAUUUCAAACAUGGGUAAAAUUCAAAUGUUAAGUCUUUGGCUAUACUAAAAUGUAGAUAAACUUAUUAACUUAUUAUAACUUUUAUUAUAUUAAAAUGUAUUUGUCUGUUAACUUCGGUUAUAGUAAAUAAAAAUAAAGUUAAUUUAACAGCUUAUACUUUUUUUUU